GCACAGAGACCCUUCUCUGGAGGAGUCUCCAAGACAACUCUUCAGUCUCCACGCUAGCCCAGGAUGCUGCUUCUCCUUUCUUGGCUCCUUUCCUAUGGGAGUCCAGGGAGGGAGGGAGAUGUUGGACUGAGCUUGUGACUCUGGAAACAGCUGAGGCUGUGGGGGAGUGGGAAGGCUCAGGGCCUGGCUUUGCCUUCCACAAUUACCACAGCCUCACCCCUGCACUCUGAGAGAGUGGGGCCUUUGAGACCAAGCAGAGGUGGGAUGGCUGUGGAGUAAAGACACGGGGUGUUUCUUUUCUCUAUUCCUGGGCACCGGGAGGAGGAAUAUCAGGGAGUCACUGGAGUGGUGGCAGCAGUGGGAAGGUGAGACCGUGGAGCCUUCACUUGUGUUUCAGCGAAGAAGCCCAAAGCCUCUUCCUCCCUCCUGAAGAGUUGUCAGACGCCAUCCUUUCACCUCCGAGGUGCCCAGGAAAGAUGGCUCAAACCACGGUGAUGGUGAAUGGAGCUGAAGUGGCCUCCGCACUGCCCACGUCCCCUCAUGUCCACAUCCACAUCCACCACCACUCGGCUCUGGGGCAGCUGCUGAGAGCCAUGGGCUCCGUGAAGAAGUCUCUCUCCCGCCCUCAAGACGCGGGGCCCUCCAAGGCCAGCAUCCACCAUGGGCUGCUGGCUCUAGGGGUGACCCAGAUAUUGCUAGGGCUUGUGAGCUGUGUUCUCGGAGUGUGUAUCUACUUUGGUCCUGAGACUGAGCUGCAUACCUUUGGCUAUGCCUUCUGGUCAGGGUCUGUGGCAGUUGUAGCCGGAACUGGCACCAUUGUCAAUGAGAAGCGACGUGGAAAACUAACUGGCCACAUAUCCCGCCUGCUUAUCCUGGCUUGCACUGCUACAGCUGUGGCUGCGACGGUUCUGGGUGUGAACAGCUUAACCUGGCAAACAAGCGGUGCCUACCGUUACAAGAUCAGUUCCACAUGUGACUCCUUACAGACUAGCGGGGAGAGUGGGGAUGGGCUAGUAGUGCGAUUCACUGACGACACAAACUGGCGGACAGAGAGGUGCCGAGAGUACCUGCGCAUGAUGAUGAACUUGUUCCUAGCGUUGUGCAUCAUGCUCACGGUUGUCUGUAUCCUGAAGAUCGUUGUGUCUUUGGCUUCCCUGGGACUGAGUCUCCAAAGUAUGUGUGGCCAGAGCUCCCAGGCCCUGGAUAAGGAAGAGGCAGAGAAGAAGCUUCUUGGGGGGGAUUCAACACCUCCCUCCCCAACCAAGGCAAUUCCUGUUAUUCUGUGAGCUGCUACAAAAACCCUGCCUGAGCCCACGAGUGUCCAUGAGCAGAGGAACCCAGGGAGGGCAGUGCCUGUUCCCAGGGCCUCUUCUGCUGGCCCCACAGCACACAGCUACUUCUGUCCCAGUCUCUUUCUCUCCCUCUCUCCCCAUUGUCCUUACGCCAAUGUCCUUUGUUCCCUGAACAGAUAUUGUGUCAUUUUCCCAAUGCUAAUGAAGCAGAAACGACCAGAAAAAAAUAGCUUCUUGCAGAAA